AUGAAAUCAAAGAGUGCGAGCCUGGUAAGAACGGUAAAAACUGAUACCUAAACCGUUGGAAGUGUAUAGAGAAAAUCUUUGAGGCAGAAUUGUUAAAAACAAAUCCAAAAACAUUGCGAACUGUUGUCUGCUGUAAUAAAAUGGACACACGCCGUUUCCUGAACUUGGUGAUAAUUGCGGGGUCAAGCGUUCUGUUGCUAAAAAAGCUACAGGAUCUCAAAAGACGUAAAGCAGAAGAAGCACGGCGGAAAUACGGUUCUAUGCCUUCCUGGUUGAGCAGACUAACACCGGAAGAUGCGCCGAGAAUGGAUCACCACCUGAACAAGGUGUGUUGCUAUGCACAUCCGGAUGCGCCGCUCAUCGAGGACUACCGAGCGGGAGAUAUGAUCUGUUCCGAGUGUGGGCUGGUCGUGGGCGAUCGGGUUAUCGAUGUCGGUUCCGAGUGGAGAACGUUCAGCAACGAGAAGGCCGGCGUCGAUCCGUCUCGUGUCGGUGGACCGGAGAAUCCACUGCUCAGCGGAGGCGAUUUGUCCACAAUGAUCGGCCCCGGCACAGGACCAGCUUCGUUCGAUGCGUUUGGAACCGCCAAAUACCAGAAUCGCCGCACGAUGAGCAGUUCCGACCGGGCCCUGAUAGCGGCCUUCAAGGAAAUCAGCACAAUGGCCGACCGGAUCAACUUGCCAAAGACGAUCGUCGAUCGGGCCAACAACCUCUUCAAGCAGGUGCACGAUGGCAAAAAUCUGAAGGGCCGCUCGAACGAUGCCAAAGCCUCCGCCUGUUUGUACAUCGCCUGCCGCCAGGAGGGUGUCCCGCGUACCUUCAAGGAAAUCUGUGCCGUUAGCAAAAUCAGCAAAAAGGAGAUCGGUCGGUGCUUCAAGCUGACCCUCAAAGCGCUGGCCACAUCCGUCGAUCUCAUCACCACAGCGGACUUCAUGUCCCGAUUUUGCGCGAAUCUUGAUUUGCCCAACACGGUCCAGCGAGCAGCAACACACAUCGCCCGGAAGGCGGUUGAAAUGGACAUCGUACCUGGCCGGUCACCGAUUUCGGUUGCGGCGGCAGCAAUCUACAUGGCCUCGCAGGCCUCGGACCAGAAGAAGACCCACAAAGAGAUCGGCGACAUUGCCGGCGUGGCCGACGUAACCAUCCGGCAGUCCUAUCGGCUAAUGCACCCGCACGCGGCCGAACUGUUCCCAGAGGACUUCAAGUUCACCACUCCGAUCGAUCAGCUACCUCAGAUGUAAGAUCCUUAUGGGGUUGCACCGGGGCAAUCAAUCGUCGCCGAUGGCGUCCAAUGAUUGAUUGUUACUUUUGCGAGUUGAAAAGCUUCAGUUUUUCAGCAAUCGCUUCUUGUGGACCUGAUAAAGCCACAUUCGUCGCUUCUUAGAGUUAAUUUCCGAUGAAAACUAUUUUCCCUUAGAUAAUUUUCUUUGCUUACCUUUAUCAAAGCAAUGCCGUUAUUCGUAACGAUAGCAUAACAACCUGAAAUGUUAGAACUUAUUUAUAACAAGUCACUUGAACGUUGUCCAGGUACUAUAGAUUGCAGCAGCUUCCAGUUGAAAGACACAAGCAGAUGAGCUAGUGAACUGAAUGACACGAAUCCUAGAUUCAAAGAAAUUUAUUUUAAAAAAUCUCUCCAAUCGAAUCUUGACCUAACAUCAAAAUUUGCACCUGUGAACAAUGUGUUGGACUAUAGGAACAUAUGGCGACGUUUGAAUAAAUAGUAAGUAUUAGUGCCCGUAGUGUCUACUCAAAACUUCAGUCCCCAAAGCCCGCGAUUCCUACUUUGAUCAAUGUGCUCUGUUCUAUUCAAUACCUUCUUUGAGGUUAUUUCGGGGCACGAGAAAGGCAUCACCGUGGUGGAAUAAUCAUGCUGUUUUAGUAUUUACGCGUUAAUUCAAUGCACAAAUGCGGCUGCUUGUGUACUUUCUUUCAAUUGGAAGUACCAUCACACAAUCGCUGUAAGCAAAAGAUUGCAUUCUAUCCUUGGCUCACGAAUAAGACCAUUUUUAUUUUCCGGAUUUCCUAAAAAAGAUAUCUGAUACAGAAUCCAAUUUGCUAUGUAUUUAAAUUAUUUUUCUUGCAGGCGAUAAGUGUAAAUAUCCAAUGGAAAACGAUACAAGUUCAAUGUCACCUGCAGUUUAUCAGGGCUUAGUAUAUCAACAAUAAUAAAUUAAAAAUCUAAAUACAUUUUGCUUCUGAAAAAUAAAAACAAACUUCAAAAGUUAUUGUAACUUAAUAAACCAACAUCAACACGCAUCAUAACAGUUUUGAGUAUGAAGUUUUGUUUUUGUAAGUGUAAAAUCUUUAAGAAUUUCCAAGUGACGUGAGAAACAUAUUCAAAUAGAAUUCAACACGAUUAUUUAAGUACAUCCAUCAAUACACGUGAACGAUAAGUAGUACACAUGAGAAAACAGAUUAAAGAAAACUAUAUGAUAGUUUAAUGAUAAUCUAAUCUUACUAAUAAUAAAUGAUUAUAUGAUUUGAAAUUCA